UUAAACCGUUUUUUUUUGUUAAUUUUAUUGUUCUACCCUAAGUUUAGCAAAGGUCUUACGAAUUGGUUGAAUUUAGUAGUUCUCCUGGUAUCAUUCAAGACUUACACUUCGAGCCUUAACUGUUCUACAAUUUUGGUCCAUAGACUUACGGGCACUCGCAUCCAGGGAUCGGUAAGAAGCGGCAGGUUUUCUAAGCUUGCCGUACUGAGUUGCUAACCAUUAUUGUUGCUGUUAGGACGUACGUUCUGCGAGAUGUAAAUCUCCACAACCUAGCUUGGAAGUAUUUUUUGGGCCCAAAAACCAUACAGAACACAUUUCCUCCUUAUUAUCAAAUGACUGUUCAGACAAAGCCUGAAGUAGACACCUUUUCUGGGCUAAGAAAUCAAGUCGAAUCUAUCGUCAAGAAGCAUAUGGAUAGAAAGGGUAUUGAAGCUCCAGUCGCUUGUCCAGCCCGGACUACAGAAAGUGACGUCAAUGAUGGACUCGCUCCCAUUUAUGUGGUAGGUCCUUGUAUCGCCUACAUUUCCCAUGUUUACGUUCAGCCUUGCUAGGGCUUCCAGUAGAAGCUGGCCCCUGAGGUUUGUAAGGCGACUAUCCUAUUCUACGGUCCACGCGUUGAAGUCCCCGCCUAUGACAACGAGGCUCCUACCUGUGAGACCUUCAACUAUUUUGUCCAUUAUGACACCGAACCUCUCCAGAGACCCCUUUGGGGGGCGUAGCAGCUAGAGAUGAAGAUCCCGAUGACUGGCUAUCACGAAGCCUUCCUCUCCAGCUGAUACCACCUCUUGUCUGGGGUAUCUUCCUGUAACCCUGCGAUACGGCUCUGCCACUAACGCCACUUCCAACUUUUCUCAAAUGCCAUCUGCCGCAACAUCUUUGGUGCAGCUAGCCGCCUGAUGGUCGGCUUCACCACACCACCAACACAGACCACUCCUAUCGGUGCCCUUGCAGGCAAACGAUUUGUGCCUGUACUCGACACAACGGAAACACCUUUCCGGUUGCUGAGUGAUGACUAUCUGGAAGAUAGACCAUCCCACCUUUAGCCGCCCACACUUGAGUGCUGCGUUUGCUGCACGCAACCGGAAGUUUCGCGAACGCCACCUGUGUCCCGGAUUUGGUAGGACCUUCCCACAUCCUGACCGAAAUCUGGUCCAUUUCGAUCUUAAACAGAUCCUUUAACGCAUCCUUGACCUCAACAUCCGUGGCUAUCUCGUCCAGGUUCUUAAUCCUGAUGGCACGGGUUUCCGCACUUUCCCCAACUAUCUCCUGCGUGAGCUCGCUGUACUCCGCGCUUUUGAAAGUCGAGCCACGUCGGUGCUCGAGGAUCAUCUCGCCGGAGCGUGUCCGGCGUAUUUUUCUCACGUCUCCACCUCGGCCCACCAGCCUAUCGCUCGUCCUACGGUGCCUUUACCACCAACGCCUCUCCCUUGUCCCUGACCCGGUUAGGUUUGGGCUUGGGCUUGGGUUUGGCUUUGGCUUUCGUGGCUAUUUUCCUUUUGCGCUCAACCAUCUGCCACCCAGUUGCCGCUUCGGGAACUUUUCUUCCCUCUUCAUCUUCUAUUUUGGCCGGAUUCUGCCGGACCUUAUGAUCUUGGGCUCGCUUUUUAGGGCUCCAGAUCUCAAACUUUUCUCGCCCUUCCUUAUCCGAAUCGUAUCCACCCUCAGAGGGGUCACCACGUCCUCACGUGAACUUCUUCCGGCACUCCGGUGCGGUGCUCACCUUCGCUGGGUUCGCCUUGACGAACAAUACCAUCACGUGGGCGAGUUUCUCCCUGUUGAAACUUACGGUUUUCCUUGGGAACAGCAAGCAGCAACUUCUGCUCCCACGAGCAGAACCAAAACAGUUUGUUUUGGUUCCGCAUGCUUUGAGUCAAUUCGCAAUUGAAACAAUAGCGGUGAUGAUUGAAGAUGACAGCUGAUGAUGGUAAACACGGUAUAAAUGUUUACAUCAUCACACGGUCAAGCGAGACAACAUAAAUUGGGUUCGUGGUAACACAACAGUGUUGCCAGAUAUUCUGGGUAAGAAUAUCAAAGUACUCAUUGAGAAAUGAGUACUUUCCCGGUUAGGGAUUAUAAGAUGUGGAAGUGACAAUUAGCUAUCGCUAAUUAAUAUAGUUGUAAUCUAGUGACCUCAUAGACGAAACAUGAAUAAAGAUAACUCUAUUCCACCACUGAAACCUGCGUUGAAUUAUUCAUUUCAACACUCCCGAACCUGCUUGUGGAUGUAAGACUUUUUUUAACACAAUCCACAAGGUCCUGCAUGCCCGCCAUAGUCACCGCUAGUUCAGCAGGAGCCUCAGGGUCCUGAAGCUCCGGGGAGCUGAGGAGUUCCUCGACUGCCUGCUGUACUUGGCGACUGUGAUACCGGGCUCUACUGACAGAAUGGAUCCACUUGGUCUGAGAGAGAGAAGAGGAGGAAAUAAAUAACUAACGUGCGACGCGUGUUGAGAUAAGUUUGGCUUCGUUAAUUGUCCCGUAAUAAAUUAGUUGUGAAGUGCAGUGAACCUGUUUCUUUAAUACUCCGAAGUACCACAAACUGGCGACGAGGUUGGUCUGAAACUGCAGGUAAUUGAAAAUAGUAAUUUUACAAAAUAUUGGUGAAUUUAAACACGGAAAUUUGUACGUACAGUUUUGAGGUUAGGGUCUCUGUAUUCGAUGUUUGAUCCCGAAUCAACCAAGUUUUCAGCUUGGAGUUUGAUUCUGGGACUUAUUUCGGGGAGAAAAUAAUCAUCGAUAAAAGAAAAAAAAAACAAGCUCAUCGUGUUUCCAAACAUUAUUAAUGAAGAUAUGUUACGAUGCGUGUGAAGCAAAUUUACCUUUUAGAUGAAAUUUGAAUGUGCUGUUUCGUCAGGCACGGGUUCCUAGAGGGACUGUUGAAUGUGUUAAUUUUAAACACGGGCCAAUUUGGUCGGGAUGAAUGUGCUGUUUCGUCAGGCACGGGUUCCUGAAGGAACUGUUGAAUGUGUUAUUUGAAACACGGACCAAUUUGGUCGGGAUGUAUGUGCUAUUUGUCAGGCACGGGUUCAUUAAGGAACUGGUUAAUGUGUUAAGUUAAACACGGACCUAUUUGGUUGAGUUGAAGGUGUAGUUCCUACACGGGUUUAAAACCGCUUAAUGUAUUUCAAAGAAAUACGGACCAAUUUUGGUUGAAUUGAAUGUGCAUCAGCAAAAUACUGGCACGGGUUUGAAAAAAACCGCUUAAUGUGUUUCAAUGAAACAUGGACCAUUUCUGGUUGAUUAAAUACGUAUAAAUAAAGCUUUAAUGAAUUAUUUUCGAAAAAAAGAAUAUAUAAUAUAUAGAUGAAAAAAAGCAAAUGGAAAACUGAAAAAAAAAAUCUUUCUAUUUUGUGUUUCGUUUAGGAUCGUCAACAUGGAGAAAUUUGAUAUCCCGAUGUUCAAGUUUAAGCACUUGCCAUUCAAUGAAGUGCGGAACGAGUGGGCAAGAUAUAAGCGUCAUUUUGAGUUCUUAGCUUUGGCUAACGGGAUCACUAAUAAGACAAAAUUGAAAAAUAUCUUGCUAGCUCGUGCUGGGCCAGAGGUUCAAGAUAUCUUCUGUAGCAUUCCUGGAGCGAAUGUCGAAGAACGAAUUGGUGUUGACCCGUACAAAAUUGCGAUUGAGAAAUUAGAUGAAUAUUUCGCGCCGAAACAACAUGAAACCUAUCAAAGGUACACAUUUUGGACUCUGAAGCCUAAUGACAGCGAAGAAUCAUUGGAUAAAUUCCUCCUUCGUGUAAUGGAAUUGUCUUCCAAAUGCCAAUUCGGCCGCACGGAGAAGGAAAGCCGUGAGAUUAGUGUGGUAGAUAAGAUUGUUCAAUUGGCACCGCCCGAGUUGCGUGAGAAAUUUAUUCAGAAAGAGAAUCUUUCGCUCGACGACGUUAUUCGAAUGGUUAAUUCUCAUUGCUCCGUUAAAUAUCAGGUUGGUCAAAUGGAGCCAUGCUCUUCGAAGCAUUCGACAGGUUUAGCGGAAGUGAACCGUGUUCGAGACUCGAGAAAAAUUGAAUGUUUCAGAUGUGGUGGUCAAGAUGGUCAUCUAGCAAAUGACCCAGACUGUCCAGCGAUAGCCAAGAAAUGCGACAGAUGUGGCCGUAAAGGCCAUUAUGCUUCAAAAUGCAAUACAGUCCAAAAUCGCAAUAGAUGGAACGUCAAUCGUGGGCGUGCUGAGUUGAGAGGAAACCAGCGUAAGCGUUUUAAGAAUGAAUAUGUCAGGAUGAUCGAUAGUACCGGAGACGAAGGUAAAUAUGAUACGAAUCAAAAUACUUGUUUUGUAUUCAGUAUUGGCGAAGGCGAGGAAUUUGUGUGGCUGAUAGUAGGAGGAGUUUUAACUCAAUUCCUUAUUGAUUCGGGAUGCGAAAAAAACAUUCUGGAUGAUAGGACGUGGAGAAACAUGAUUAAACAAGGUGCCAGUUUUGAAAAUUCUCGAUCAUUCUGCAACCAAACAUUUAAGGCAUAUGGCCAAAAUUCGGAAUCGCUUCAAGUAAUGCAGGUGUUUGAAGCAAACUUAGUUCUUAACAAUCACUUGAAAUCUGUUAAUACUCGUGCAACUUUUUACGUCAUUAAAAAUGGAACACAGCCUUUGUUAGGAAGAACAACAGCCAAAGAACUGGGAGUACUGUUUUUAGGCUUACCUAGUUCGCAAUCUGUGGACAUACAGCGCAUGUAUACCGAGCAAAAGCAUUCGUUCCCCAAGAUCAAAGGUAUUAAACUUAAAAUUCCAGUCGAUGAAUCUGUGACGCCGGUAAUUCAGCAUGCUCGACGUCCUCCAUUAGCUUUAUUGAACCGGAUUGAAGAAAAGUUACAAUCCCUCUUAUCAUCAGAUAUAAUCGAAAGCGUAAAUGAAUUCAGUCCUUGGGUCUCACCGUUAGUAACCAUUGUGAAAGACAAUGGAGAUUUGCGUUUAUGCGUCGACAUGCGGAGAGCAAACGUUGCCAUAAAACGUGAGACGCAUCUAAUGCCAACUUUUGAAGAUAUAUUACCACGUUUGAAAACAGCAAAAGUUUUUAGCAGACUCGACAUCAAAGAUGCUUUUCAUCAAGUCGAACUUCACGAGUCAUCUCGCCAAAUCACAACGUUCAUAACCCACAAGGGAACUUUUCGAUACAAACGGCUCAUGUUUGGUAUCUCGUGUGCUCCAGAAAUGUUCCAGAAAAUUCUGGAACAGUUACUUUCAAGGUGCCAACAUGUUGUAAAUUACAUCGAUGACAUCUUGGUCUAUGGAUCGAAUGAAGAAGAGCAUGACCGGGAACUUAAAAUCGUCAUGGAUAUUUUCAAGAACCAUGAUAUUCUUCUAAACCAGAAGAAAUGUAUUUUCAAAGUAAACUCAGUUGUCUUUUUGGGUCAUCAAAUAUCGAAGGAUGGUAUAAGACCAGAGGAAUCUAAAAUAGAAGCUUUAUCAUCAUUUCGGGCCCCGGAAUCAGCAGAGGAGCUCAGGAGUUUUUUGGGUAUGGUGACAUACGUUGGACGAUUUCUGCCAAAUUUAGCCACCAUCUGUGCCCCUUUACGGGUUCUAACACAAAACGACACACCUUUUGUUUGGUCUGUAGAACACGGCAAAAUCUUUAUAGAGCUUAAAAACAUGGUGAUGAACAUUAAAAAUCUUAACUUUUUCGACAAUAAAAGAAGAACUCGAGUAGUAGCCGAUGCGUCCGCGACAGGUUUAGGAGCCGUUCUUCUUCAGUUCGAAUCAGAAGUAGAUGAUUCCAAGCCAUAUAUCAUUGCAUAUGCUAGUAAAACAUUGAGCCAAACUGAAAAGCGAUACUGCCAAACCGAAAAAGAAGCCCUAGCGUUGGUUUGGGCAGUUGAGAGAUUCUCAACCUAUCUACUUGGCCGUAAAUUUGAGUUGGAGACUGACCACAAACCCCUGGAAAACAUAUUUGCGAUAACCUCAAAGCCUUGCGCACGUAUAGAGCGAUGGAUUCUGCGUUUGCAAGCAUAUUCAUUCACCGUUCGGUAUCGGAAAGGCUCUGGUAACAUAGCGGAUCCAUUUUCCAGAUUAGCUAAUGUGAAUUCGUGCGAGGAUUUUGAUGCUGACGGACCAUUCUUGAUAUUGGCUAUCCUGGAGUCAGUAGCAAUUGACACCAAAGAACUCGAAGUUGCUUCUGAAUGUGACGAAGAGCUAACUGCUGUCCGAAAUAGCAUUCUAAGUGGAAAGUGGAAUCAACCUCAAUUGAAACCCUACGAAAUAUUCCGAGACGAGUUAGGCGUGAUUGGACAGGUGCUGAUAAGGGGUACGAAACUCGUUGUUCCAAGUAAGUUGAGAGAGCGUAUGCUUAUUUUGGCACAUGAAGGACACCCAGGAGAAAGCGUGAUGAAACGUCGUUUAAGGGAUCGAGUAUGGUGGCCAGGGAUGGACCGAAUGAUAUCGACUUAUGUUUCCAGAUGCGAAGGAUGCCGAUUAGUAUCGUUGCCAGAUAAGCCUGAACCAAUGCAACGUAGAUCGCUUCCUACGAAACCAUGGGUAGACAUUGCUAUUGAUUUCUUGGGCCCUCUGCCGACCGGAGAAAACCUGUUGGUUGUAAUCGACUACUAUAGUCGAUACAAGGAAAUCGAAAUCAUGACAAAUAUUACGGCAGAAGAAACAAUAAAGCGUCUACACGGUAUUUUCACAAGGUUAGGAUUUCCAAUCACGAUAACGUUGGAUAAUGCCAGACAAUUCGUGAGUAAUAAAUUCGAAACGUAUUGUAAGAACAACGGAAUCCAUUUGAACUACUCCACUCCAUACUGGCCCCAAGAGAACGGCUUAGUCGAGCGACAGAAUCGGUCGCUUUUGAAACGACUCCAGAUAAGUCAUGCGAUGGACCGCGACUGGAAGAAAGAUUUACAGGAUUAUUUACAAAUGUACUACACUAGUCCGCAUUCCAUCACUGGAAAAACUCCAACCGAACUGUGUUUUGGACGGACUAUUAGGUCAAAAAUACCAUGUCUGGCAGACAUAGAGUCGGCGGCAGUAGAUGAGGAAGUUCGUGAAAGGGACAAACAGCGUAAAGAAGAAGGAAAAAUACGGGAAGAUAAGCGACGUGGUGCGAAAAUCUCUGAGUUGAAAGUAGGUGACACGGUGUUAGCGAAAAACUUAGUUCGUGGGAAUAAACUGACACCGCAAUUCAGCCCACAGGAAUAUGUCGUGAAGAAUAGACAAGGAUCGCGAGUAACCAUUGAGAACAAAGAUAAUAAUAAGCUUUAUGACCGGAAAACAGCUCACCUGAAACUGGUACCUUACCCGAUCUCAAACACUCCUACUACCAGCUCCACAGAAGAUCCUCCAGAUAACAAUGCAUCUGAUAACCUUUCAAGUGAAACUAAUUCUGGCAGUAAUAAUCAUAACUCUGAACGUUCCAGAUCAGGCCGCACUCGUAAAAUGCCAGAAAAACUAAAAGACUAUAUCCUUAAUGAAUUUGACUGAUAGAGUUGGCGGCUUAUAGAAAAGGGGGGAUGUGAUACCGGGCUCUACUGACAGAAUGGAUCCACUUGGUCUGAGAGAGAGAAGAGGAGGAAAUAAAUAACUAACGUGCGACGCGUGUUGAGAUAAGUUUGGCUUCGUUAAUUGUCCCGUAAUAAAUUAGUUGUGAAGUGCAGUGAACCUGUUUCUUUAAUACUCCGAAGUACCACAGCGACUUCGCUCUCUCCACCAUCAACAGGUGUCCUUAUCGGCUCGGCGGGUUGCCUAACCGGCGAAUACCUUAUUCCGCUCCUACCAAACGGAUUGGGACAAUCAUCCUUCUCCGCCUCUAUCUUAUCCUUCCGCAUUGUUUUUUUUAAAGAUUCAGGUUUGAUCCCACGAGUAGCGAGGUGGCUUGCUUAGCGCAGCAAGGACUAGGAUACUGUGGGGUGAGUCCUGGUGCCCUACAGGCUACCGUUAGAGACUGACGUAAUUUAACGACCCGCCAACCUUCCAGGCUCAUCAGCACGAUUCAGCAUCACACCUUGGCUAAAUGGAGUCGGUUUCCGAUAGAGAUUCCACGAUCAUAGUCCAAGUUCGUUUGCAAGGGUUUUCAUAAGGGGGGGUUUGUACUCUCAGAGAAAACUUGGUGUUUGAACCAAAACAAAGUUGAUUUUAAUACAAAAAAAAUAUUCAGCGCGUUGCAAGACUAGUGGACAUGUUUUAGUUCUAAACUACUUGGAAGUGAAACUAUCUGACAGAGUCUUGCUAUUUCUCUAUUGACUUUGGCUCGAUACAAGGAUCAAGAACUUCAAAUCCCAAUAAUAGGUCCUAAAUACUUACCACCAUAUUUGC